ACCGAGCUGGUUGCUGCCUCACCAUCAAUUGCUAACAACUAGCUGGAUGAGACGCUGGCUAGCUCGUCUGACACGUAUCUAAAGCUUGUUUGUCUUUUUUUGGGGGUGUAUUUUAUGUGAUCUUACACAUCUCAGUGAUCCUCCAAACGACUACAUCGAAGAUGCAGUUCAUGCUGCUAUUCAGCCGCCAAGGAAAGUUGCGCCUGCAGAAAUGGUACGUUCCUCUCUCUGACAAGGAGAGGAAGAAGAUCUCCAGAGAUUUGGUUCAAACCAUCCUGGCCAGGAAGCCCAAAAUGUGCAGUUUCUUGGAGUGGAGGGAUCUAAAGAUUGUCUACAAGAGAUAUGCCAGCCUGUAUUUCUGCUGUGCGGUGGAGGAUCAGGACAACGAGUUGAUCACCCUGGAGAUCAUUCAUAGAUAUGUGGAGUUAUUGGACAAAUAUUUUGGCAGUGUGUGUGAGCUGGAUAUUAUCUUCAACUUUGAGAAGGCCUACUUUAUCCUUGAUGAAUUCCUGCUGGGGGGAGAGGCCCAAGAAACCUCCAAGAAGAAUGUUCUGAAAGCCAUCGAGCAGGCAGACCUGCUGCAGGAGGUACACACCCAAAACCAACAACGUAAAGUAACCGUAGCAGCGGACGUGUCGGCAAAACGGAGGCGGAUGCCCCUCGGAGUGUCUUAGAAGAAAUUGGGCUGACAUAGAGUUGGCGUGCCACAACAAACGCUGCCACACGUUUCUUUCCUCCUCGUUGACCGUCAGUGUUGUACUCGUGUACUGUAGGUAUGUAUGUAUGUAAUCAACAUGUCUGUGCUGUAUUUAUCUGAACUGUGCUCCCCCUGUACCAUCCCGUGACUGUGGCGGUGCCAAGUGUGGUUCGAUUAUGUCUUUUCUGUAGUGUCGUCUAAUGUGCAAAAUCCUUGAGACCAAUGUAGCAACGAGAACAUAGCCUCGGUAUCAAUUAGUGUUAAUGCGAUCCAAAAAUCCAAUCAUGCCUUUAUGUUGUUGUUUUGCUGCAUCUGGAAAAACGUACAAUUAUAAUUCAGCUCAUUUAGUUGUUGGUGGUUCAUUUUGGGCAUAAGUGUUGUGAAUGGUUCCAAACAUGCAUACGGGGUACUUAAAACUAAUUUCAGAAAGCAGAAGCGCAUGUGUCAAUCUUAUGUAAUUAUGAUACAAACCUGAGUGUAAACUAAACCGGUUGCAAAGCAUAUGUUCAAAAUGUGUUGUUUCUGUGCAAGUGUUGUUUGUAAACCUCAAUGCAUUUUUAUUUUGUAACCUGGAGAAAUGACAGUGCCCACUUCAAGUCAAGAAAUGUGACCCAAAUAGAAAUAGCUCUAUUUUCCUUACAUUGAUGGUUUACAUUUAAGCACUGAUAUAUAUGACCAAAGAACUGUGUUUUACCUUCUUAAUGGUGUCUAAGGGAGCCUAAUGCCACACAAAAAUGAAAUCUGGUAUUGAGAAAUGUUUGAAGCAAAGUAUUUUUCUUUUCAAUUCAAUGAAACACACUAUCAAAUGCCCACUUUGCAGUACACAGCAGCAAAAUAAAUUUGGUAAUGUCAUGUUCCAGUCAAAAAGAAAAAGUGCAGCCAAAUGGUGUUUAUUCUAAAACUUCAGCAUUCAUUCAGAAUGUAAAAUUUCUUUCAUAUCUGCAAAAUAAACCAUUUUGUAUUCGC